AUGGUUAUCCGUUAUAUCAUUAGUUUACUUCUAGUAUUCGCGCUUAGAAACAUCACGUCUAGUGCUUUUUGUGUUGAAACGGAAGGAAUCAAUGACAUUGUGACAACAACAAGGACCUUACGCCAUAUUGUGCACUUUUCCGAUGUUCAUCUCAACAUUUCUGUAUCACUGAAUGAUAGUGAAUCGGCUGCGAUUCCCAUUGCGUACGGUAAUGACGCCCCGAUAAGUUUAUUGAUAUCGGCCUUGGCCUACGCGAAAAACGUGCUACCGGACCCGGAUUUGUUUCUUUACACGGGAGACCAUGUUGUUCAUGGAGAGCUGUCAGAGAAAUAUCUUUUUGAAGCUGUGGAAACGAAUAUUAAGACUAUGGACAAAUAUUACUCGACAUUAGAUAGUCGUCAUGAGAUGCUCGACAUUACUGCUAUCAUAGGCAACUCGGACUCAACCCCUGAUUACACGAUGAAGGUGACAAAUCCGCAGACGGAGGCAAACCCGACGAUCGCGUUAAUAUCUGGGGCUUGGAAUAAUACCAUGUCCAGGUCCGACCUCGACUGGUUUAACAACCGUGGAUACUUAGCAUACGCCUUCAAUGACAACCUGACUGUGAUCACACUCAAUACACUGCCUUAUUCGCCGAGUCACUUACCAGAUACGUCCAAGUUACCUGAUCCUUUCGAUCAGUUUGCAUGGUUAAAUGCUACGUUGUGUGAGUUGAAGAGUGCUGGCAAGUAUGCAUACAUCGUUGGCCACAUUCCGCCCAUUAUUGACUCGUAUAACGGGUCACCUAUGUGGAAUGAGAGUUACAUGAAGACGUACAAGCAGAUAGUGGGCCAGUAUUCGGAUGUUGUCAAGGCGCAGUUCUUUGGUCACGUUCACAGCAUUGAGUUCCGAUUGCCUCUUUCACGCAGUCUUAGCGCAAAAGUCAAGCGAGAAGGAGUGAUUGCAGAUCAUGACUAUGAAGACAGCUCAGAAUUGGUACCGUUGUUCAUGGUGGCUGCAAUUUCCCCGAUCUAUUUGAGCAACCCGGCUUUCAUGGUGUGGGAUUUUGAUGACACGACGUACGAAAUCCUCGACUUUACGGUUUAUGGGGGCAACAUUUCUUCUGCUACUGGAGCCGUCGAUUGGGAACCACUCUUCAAUGCAAGCCACACGUACGGUGUCAAUUCGUUGAGCACGUUGGAGAUUGCUCGCUUUGCGGAGCGUGUAGCAGUAGACGCAGAGCUUCUCGAGCAGUACUACUUUAACUCGAAGGCUCAGUCACGUCUUCAACUGUCAUGCCUUGACGUAUCAUGCCAAGCAAAGUGGCUGUGCUCUCUGUACUGGUGGUCUACAGCGGUCGACUAUGAGGACUGUGUGUCAUUCAUUAUGACGUCCAAUUUGAAAAGUACUUCUACCUUUCAACUGUCAACCUCGUCGCCAACUAGAUCUCUUAUGUACACAUCAACAAUUAUUAUGGUGGGAGGAAUGAUAGCAGCCGCUGCUUUUGUUCUACUUCUUACCAUAAUCUGCCGUCGAAGCGUCGACCAAAACGAUUUGAAGCUCUUCCAACGCCAACGCGUUGACUGUACAUCACUUGUGUGA